AUGGUUGACGAAAAAAAGCCACUUUUGGACGCUUCUGGCGGCGAUAAACGCGAAGAUGACGCGACUGCAACAGCGAUUUUAAGACGCAAGAAGAAAGACAACAUGUUGAUGGUGGACGACGCUGUGAACGACGACAACUCGGUUAUCGCGAUCAACUCGAACACAAUGGACCUGCUACAGCUUUUUCGCGGCGACACAGUGGUGGUGAAGGGUAAAAAACGCAAGGACACGGUGAUGAUCGUGUUGAUCGACGAUGAGCUGGAAAACGGGGUCUGCAGAGUGAACCGUGUGGUCAGAAACAACCUGCGCAUCCGUUUGGGCGAUCUCGUCACGAUCCACGCCUGUCCCGAUAUCAAGUAUGCUUCUCGUAUCUCGGUUUUGCCUAUCGCAGACACCGUGGAGGGCUUGACCGGCAGUCUGUUCGACGUUUACCUCAAACCAUACUUCGUGGAGGCGUACCGUCCCGUACGCAAGGGCGACCAUUUUGUCGUAAGAGGCGGUAUGCGUCAAGUCGAGUUCAAGGUCGUGGACGUAGAACCAGAGGAAUACGCCGUGGUGGCCCAGGACACCGUGAUCCACUCUGAUGGCGAGCCUAUCAACCGUGAAGACGAAGAAAACAACAUGAACGAAGUGGGCUACGACGACAUCGGGGGCUGUCGCAAGCAAAUGGCACAGAUCCGUGAAUUGGUCGAACUGCCGCUUAGACACCCUCAGCUAUUCAAAGCCAUCGGAAUCAAGCCUCCCAGAGGUAUCCUCAUGUAUGGUCCACCUGGUACCGGUAAGACCUUGAUGGCUAGAGCCGUAGCCAACGAAACAGGUGCUUUCUUCUUCUUGAUCAACGGUCCAGAAGUCAUGUCCAAGAUGGCUGGUGAAUCCGAGUCCAACCUGAGGAAAGCCUUCGAGGAAGCCGAGAAGAACGCUCCUGCCAUCAUUUUCAUCGAUGAGAUCGACUCUAUCGCCCCCAAGCGUGACAAGACUAACGGUGAAGUCGAAAGAAGAGUCGUUUCUCAGCUACUGACUUUGAUGGACGGUAUGAAGGCUAGAUCCAAUGUUGUGGUCAUCGCUGCCACCAACAGACCAAACUCCAUCGAUCCAGCACUAAGAAGAUUCGGUAGAUUCGAUCGUGAAGUCGACAUUGGUAUCCCUGACGCCACCGGCAGACUUGAAGUGCUUCGUAUCCACACCAAGAACAUGAAGUUGGCUGAGGACGUGGACCUCGAAUCUCUAGCUGCGGAAACCCACGGUUACGUUGGUGCUGAUAUCGCUUCCCUCUGCUCUGAGGCCGCUAUGCAACAGAUUCGUGAAAAGAUGGAUAUGAUUGAUCUCGAUGAAGAUGAGAUCGCUGCCGAGGUGCUGGACUCUUUGGGCGUUACAAUGGACAACUUCAGAUUUUCUCUGGGCAACUCCAACCCAUCUGCAUUGCGCGAGACUGUUGUUGAGAGCGUUAACGUUACUUGGGAGGAUAUUGGUGGUCUGGAUGAAAUUAAGCAAGAAUUGAAAGAGACUGUCGAAUACCCUGUUCUUCACCCAGACCAAUACGCCAAGUUCGGUUUGGCUCCUUCUAAAGGUGUUUUGUUUUACGGUCCACCUGGUACCGGUAAGACUUUACUAGCCAAAGCUGUUGCCACAGAGGUCUCUGCUAACUUUAUCUCUGUUAAAGGACCAGAACUCUUGAGUAUGUGGUACGGUGAAUCCGAGUCUAACAUUCGUGACAUUUUUGAUAAAGCCAGAGCUGCUGCACCAACAGUGGUUUUCUUGGAUGAGUUGGACUCUAUUGCUAAAGCUAGAGGCGGUUCCGUCGGUGAUGCCGGUGGCGCUUCCGAUAGAGUUGUUAACCAACUGCUUACCGAAAUGGACGGAAUGAACGCCAAGAAGAAUGUGUUUGUCAUUGGUGCUACUAACAGACCAGACCAAAUCGACCCUGCUAUUUUGAGACCAGGUAGAUUGGAUCAACUAAUAUACGUUCCACUACCUGACGAAAUGGCGAGACUAUCGAUCCUGAAUGCACAACUCAGAAAGACUCCACUUGAACCAGGCUUGGAGUUGAGCACAAUCGCCAAAGCCACUCAAGGAUUCUCUGGUGCUGACUUGCAGUACAUUGUGCAAAGAGCCGCUAAGUUUGCCAUUAAAGAUUCGAUCGAGGCUCAGAGAAGCUUAGAGGCUGAACGCCAAAGCAAGGUCAAGACCGAAGACGUGGAAAUGGGCGAUGAGGCGACUGCUCCUGUCGUUGAGGAAGAAAUCGAAGAUACAGUACCAUACAUUACAAAAGACCAUUUUGCUGAGGCUAUGAAGACCGCGAAACGUUCAGUUUCUGAUGCAGAACUACGUCGUUACGAGGCUUACUCCCAACAAAUGAAAUCCUCGAGAGGUCAGUAUAGCAACUUCAAUUUCGGCGAUGCCCCAAGCGCAACCCAACCUGCCGGUAGCUCGGAAAAUGCCGGUGCCGCUUUUGGGGAGGGCGCUGAAGAAGAUGAUCUGUACAGCUGA